AUGGCAGGCAUAUCACCACCUGUCCCAGGACCAGUGACCCAAGGAGCAACAGCUGGACCAUCUGCUACAGUAGCAAGCGGAGAUGUGCAUCAUGCACAAAAUCCUUCCCCACGUGUGCGUCCACCUCUGAAGAAGUGCUUGAACACUGUGUCCAAUCGAUUCCAAGUAAAGAAGUUUGAGGCAAGUGCCGGCCUUUUUGCCAGUGAUGACUUUCUUGCUUGA